UUGAGUGGCGAUACGGGCACAGACGCCAUUUGGUUGCCCUUGGAACAGAUGUUGCGCCUCGUACAGGGCCUGCGCCUUAGCAGUAAUUCAAACUCGAAUGAGUUGUCAACUAAGGCUGCUGAGAUUUAUCGAGAAUGUUUCGCUGAGCUGGCUGCCAGCUCUUGCCCGCUCACUCAACACAAAUGCAAUUCCAAUAGCAAUGGGCAGCAUUCCACGCUGCUGCAAUGCUUCGAUGCAAAGCCCAGCAACCAGACGGAGAGUAUAGCACCCAGCCCCGACGAUGUCUGGAUCUUUGGCUAUGGCUCGCUAGUGUGGAAAGCGGAUUUUCCGUACAUAGACCGACGACGCGGGUUCGUCUGUGGCUACAAACGAAGAUUCUAUCAGCACAGCAUUGAUCAUCGUGGCAUACCCGAGAGGCCGGGCCGCGUGGUAACCCUGCUGCCUGGCGACUUAACCCAGGACAGAGUCUACGGCGUCGCCUAUCGCAUUGCCGCUGCUCAAAAGUCUCAGGUGCUGGAUCAUCUGGAUUACCGCGAGAAGAAUGGCUACGAACGCUACAACCUAGAAUUCCAUGAAUAUCCAUCCACAACGAUGCCCAUUGAGGUAAUCAUAUACGUGGCCACCCAGUCGAACGACUCCUAUGCGGGACAUGUGUGGCAGGUACCGUGCAUAGCAAGGCAAAUCUUUACCUCGGCCGGUCCCAGCGGCCCCAAUCGCGAGUAUCUAUUCAAUUUGUUCAUAGCGAUGCAGGAACUCUUUCCGGACGUCGUUGACGAGCACCUCACCGAGCUGGUAGACUGUGUGAAGCAGUAUAUUAAGAACGAGGAGCCAGCGCUGCUGGAGCAAGCUCUCAAAGCACAAAUCAAUUGUAUAUUAAGUGAAUUCCUGGCCAAAGAUGCGAGUGAGCAGCAGCAGGAGGCAAUUGCUCAGCGCUUGGAGGCUUUACUCGAACGUUGCCAACGACCGGGCUGGCGCGAAGAGUUGCUCAUUCAGGAAUUGCAGGAACGGACCAUUUGACCAAGCUCUUCCGCCCCUCCCUUUGAUACCCUUUUGAUUUCCAUGUU